CGCGACAACGAGCUUCCGGGCCGGAAAGAACGGAAGGCAGGUCCAGGUAGAGGAGUUUAUGCGCCAACGGGCGGCCGUCCGGAGUGGCGUCGGCAGAGGUGGGACCCACUGCAAGAACUUUGUAGGGCCAGGUCCAGGAGAGUGCGAAUUUGGCCUUGAGCACCUGUUGGUCCGUGUCCUUCUGCACACCCUGUCGAAUUGUAGCAGCCGUGUUGUACACCCAAGCCCACCCGCCAACGGUAAACUGAGGGAGCUUGUGAAUGGCGUCCAGCAGGGAUGA